AUGCCCUCCCUCCUCCUCCCCCUGUCGGCCGGAGGUGUGAGCUGCUCCCUGUUUUCUGCCCUCUGUCCGCAGGCGCAGUUUGUCAAGGACCGGAACUCCACCCUGCGGCUGGCCAGCCUGGGCUCGGACGACGAAGAUGAGGUAGACGCCAUGCCAGACCGCGUACAGAUGACCUGGACCCGGGACAAGUACCUGGGGGAGAAGCAGCGCAGCCGAGCGCAGACCCCCGAGGGUUUUCGCGAUCUCCUCAGUAUCCGGCCGGACCAGUCCAACGUCCGGAGGAUGCACACAGCCGUCAAGCUGAACGAGGUGAUCGUCAACAAAUCGCACGACGCUCGGCUUGUCCUACUCAACAUGCCCGGACCGCCCAGGAAUCCGGACGGUGACGAGAACUACAUGGAGUUUCUCGAGGUCCUGACAGAGGGGUUGGAGCGAGUGUUACUGGUGCGAGGAGGAGGCAGCGAGGUCAUCACCAUCUACUCCUAGGGGGGGGUCCCCCUCCCUCCACUGUGGAACACCACUCCAUGGACCGG